GACACGCCACAAGGGUACCGUAUAAAAAUGGUGGGUCUCAGAGCACUUCAGCUCCAAUUGCUCUAUGUUUAGAAUUGCCUCUCUUUCAAGAUGGAUUUCCUUCAUAGGAAUGGAGUGCUCAUUAUUCAGCAUUUGCAGAAGGACUACCGAGCUUACUACAAUUUUCUAAAUUUUAUGUCCAAUGUUGGAGACCCCCGGAAUAUCUUUUCUAUUUAUUUUCCACUUUGGUUUCAACUUAAUCAGACAGUUGGAACCAAGAUGAUAUGGGUAGCAGUCAUUGGGGAUUGGUUCAAUCUUAUUUUUAAAUGGAUAUUAUUUGGUCAUCGGCCUUACUGGUGGGUCCAAGAAACUCAGACUUACCCAAAUCACUCAAGUCCAUGCCUUGAACAAUUUCCCACUACAUGCGAAACAGGUCCAGGAAGUCCAUCUGGUCACGCAAUGGGCUCAUCGUGUGUCUGGUAUGUCAUGGUAACGGCUGCCCUGAGCCACACUGUCAGUCGGAUGGAUAAGUCAUCUACCACUCUGCACAGACUGACCUGGUCAUUUCUUUGGAGUCUUUUUUGGUUGAUUCAAAUCAGUGUCUGCAUCUCCAGAGUAUUCAUAGCAACACAUUUUCCUCAUCAAGUUAUUCUCGGAGUAAUUGGUGGUAUGCUUGUGGCAGAGGCCUUUGAACACACUCCAGGCAUCCAAACGGCCAGCCUGAGCACAUACCUGAAGACCAACCUCUUCCUCUUCCUGUUUGCACUUGGCUUUUACCUGCUUCUCAGACUGCUUGACAUUGACCUGCUGUGGUCUGUGCCCAUCGCCAAGAAGUGGUGUGCCAACCCCGACUGGAUCCACAUUGACACUACACCUUUUGCUGGACUCGUGAGAAACCUCGGGGUCCUCUUUGGCUUGGGCUUUGCAAUCAACUCAGAGAUGUUCCUCAGGAGCUGCCGAGGGGAAAAUGGCUAUAAGCUGAGCUUCCGGCUGCUCUGUGUCGUGGCCUCGUUGACCACACUACAGCUCUACCAUUUCAUCAAGAUCCCCACUCACGCAGAGCAUUUAUUUUACGUGCUGUCUUUCUGUAAAAGUGCAUCCAUCCCCCUGACUGUGGUUGCUCUCAUUCCUUACUGUAUUCAUGUGCUAAUGAAUCCAAGCGAAAAGAAGAUUAACUAGAGUUGCGCAGAGUUAGUGCUCUAUG